AUGUUGCCCUAUGUAGACCAGAUUUUCGAGGUGCCAGCUCGGCUCACUGGCGCAUCAACUGAUGAGCUCAAGCUGAUCGGCUCGUUCCUCCUCUCCUACCCUCUGGCCGCCCUCCUCAAGCGUAUCCCCGAUGGCCAACCCUGGAAAAAGAAUGUCUUUAUCGUCGGCGUGUCUCUGUUCUAUAUUGUCGGACUGUUCGACCUCUGGGAUGGUCUACGCACACUGCUGUAUAGUGCUGCGGGCACUUAUGCAAUCGCCUACUAUGUAGAUGGAUCACUGAUGCCGUGGAUCGGAUUCCUUUUCCUCAUGAGCCACAUGUCGCUUAAUCACAUCGAACGUCAGAUGGCGAACGAUAACUCGACCGUUGAUAUUACUGGCGCCCAGAUGGUUCUCGUUAUGAAACUAAGCUCAUUCUGCUGGAAUAUUCACGACGGCCGUCGGCCCAAGGACCAGUUGUCGGACGCCCAGAAGUACUCUGCCAUUACGAAAUUCCCGGGCAUUGUCGAUUACCUGGGCUAUGUCAUGUUCUUCCCCUCGCUCUUUGCUGGACCCUCAUUCGAAUAUGUUGACUACCGCCGUUGGAUCGACACUACGCUUUUCGAGGUCCCGCCUGGUACUGACCCGUCCAAGGUACCACCCACCCGCAAGAAGCGCAAGAUCCCUCGUAGCGGAACACCUGCUGCAAAGAAGGCAGCCGCCGGGCUGAUCUGGAUCUUUGCCUUCAUUCAACUGAGCUCGUACUUUUCGGUCGACUUUGCACUUUCGGAUGAAUUCCUGGAAUAUUCCAUCCUACGACGGAUUUUCACUGUGCACAUGCUUGGUUUCACCGCUCGCACCAAGUACUACGGCGUGUGGGCUUUGACCGAGGGUGCCUGUAUUCUUUCGGGGAUGGGAUACAACAGCUUUGAUCCCAAGACAGGCAAGGUCUUCUGGAACAGAUUAGAGAACGUCGAUCCCUGGGCGAUGGAGACCGCCCAGAACUCACACGCCUACCUGGGCAACUGGAACAAGAACACUAACCACUGGCUGCGCAACUACGUCUACCUUCGUGUUACGCCUAAGGGCAAGAAGCCGGGUUUCCGCGCCAGCAUGGCUACCUUCGCUACCAGUGCCCUAUGGCACGGAUUCUACCCAGGAUACUACAUGACAUUUGUCCUGGGCUCUUUCAUCCAGACUGUGGCGAAGAACUUCCGUCGCUACGUGCGUCCCUUUUUCCUCACGCCUGACGGCACCAAGCCUCUCCCCAGCAAGCGUUACUAUGACAUCCUCAGCUGGCUCGCAACGCAGCUGACCCUCUCUUUCGCUGUCGCUCCUUUCAUCAUCCUCAACUUUGAAAAAGCCUACACCGUCUGGUCCCGCGUAUACUUCUACGGUAUCAUCAACUGCGCUGUCUCACUUCUCGCCUUUGCCUCUUUCUCUCCACUUAAGUCCUACCUCAUCUCCCAGCUCAAGCGCCGCAGCAGACCCCAGGUCAGUCGCACUGCCAGCACUGAGACCGUGCACCCACCUGACCUUGGCCUACCGAACGAUAUCGAGCGCGACUUCGACGAGAUCGUUACUGAGAUCAAGGCUGAGAUUGAAAUACGUCGUCGUCGGGGAAGUAUAGCGAGGAUGCCCACUGGAGAUGAUUUGAAGGCUGCCAUUGAGCAGAAGAUCGGGCGGAAGUUGUAA